AUGCUGGGCAUGAUGGGUACAGACGUAAAAGAAAAACAGAAAAAACUUGUUGAACAACUAACUGGAUUAAUAAGCAGCUCACCGGGACCACCUACUCGAAAAUUGUUAGCUAAAAACCUUGCAGCCCUUUAUAGCAUUGGGGAUACUUACACAGUUUUUCAAACACUAGAUAAAUGUAAUGACAUUAUCAGAAGUAAGGACGACACUGCAGCCUACUUACCAACAAAAUUGGCAGCAGUGGCUUGUGUUGGAGCCUUCUAUGAGAAGAUGGGAAGGAUGNUGGGCAGUGCAUUUCCAGAAACAGUGAACAAUCUGUUGAAAUCUCUGAAAAGUGCAGAGUCUCAAGGGCGAAGUGAGAUCUUAAUGAGUCUGCAGAAAGUGCUGACCGGACUGGGUGGCGCAGCAGCUUCCUCUCACCGCGACAUUUACAAGAAUGCUCGAUCCCUCCUGACUGACAGGUCGAUGGCCGUCCGAUGUGCAGUGGCCAAGUGCCUUCUGGAACUACAGAAUGAAGCUGUGUUCAUGUGGACUGCUGAACUAGAAAAUGUAGCUACCCUCUGUUUUAAGGCUCUGGAAAACUCAAAUUAUGGGGUACGAGUCGCAGUAUCUAAACUACUAGGAACAGUCAUGGCUACAGCAUUGAUGCCGAAACAGGCAACAGUCAUGCGGCAAAANGUGAAGCGAGCAACCUUCGAUGAAGUCUUAGAACUCAUGGCCACNGGAUUUCUGCGCGGAGGGUCGGGUUUCCUAAAGAGUGGUGGAGAAAUGUUGAAAGUUGGAGGGUCUGUUAAUCGGGAAGUGAGAGUUGGUGUGACACAGGCCUAUGUUGUCUUCGUGACAACUCUGGGUGGCCAGUGGCUGGAGCGUAGCUUUGCCACAUUCUUGUCCCACGUACUGGAUCUGGUUUCCCAUCCUCGAGCAACACAAACACAUGUGGACGCUGUGUACUCCAGGCGAUGUGUCUCCUUCAUCCUCAGAGCUACUGUGGGCAGUCUGUUAGGUGAGAAAGCACAGAUAGCAGCUGCCAAGGAAAUUUGCCAGGCAAUNGGAAAGCAGAUGAAAGCUGUGGAAGCAGUAGUGAACGAUACAAGCAGUGAAAACAAAUCGGGGACAGCAGACAUUGCAGCCAGCCAGCACGUCAUGGUCUGUGCCCUGCAGGAGCUUGGGAGCCUGGUGCAGAGCCUGAAUGCCACCGCCUCUCCUCUUAUUCAGGAAGCAUCCAUAGGACUUUUGGAGAUUGUGACGUCAGUGCUUCUUCACCCAAGCAUGGCUGCUCGGCUUGCUGCUGCCUGGUGUCUGCGUUGUGUAGCUGUGGCACUGCCCUUCCAGUUGACACCAUUUCUGGAUAGGUGUGCAGAACGGCUCAACAACCUCAAGACAUCCCCAGAAGCUGUUAGUGGAUACAGUUUUGCAAUGGCUGCCUUGUUGGGUGGAGUGCAUCAGUGUCCUUUGGGCAUUCCUCAUGCCAAAGGAAAGAUGGUGGUCAGCAUUGCUGAAGAUCUGUUACGAACCGCUGCCCAAAACAGCAGGCUGUCCCUGCANCGUACCCAGGCUGGCUGGCUUCUUCUGGGAGCCCUCAUGACUUUAGGACCGUCUGUUGUUCGUUACCAUCUACCCAAGAUGUUGCUGCUGUGGCGGAACGUGUUCCCUCGCUCUUUAAAGGAACUGGAGGCUGAGAAGGCCCGGGGGGAUUCUUUUACCUGGCAGGUCACGCUGGAAGGUCGAGCUGGGGCUCUUUGUGGGUCUUUCAAUGCACUUCUUAGAGAGCUGGUGGCAGAGUUCACUCUGACUGACAACUCGGCCAACACAACUACCUCCCUCCUUCGCUCCCUCUGCCACUAUGACGACAGCGUUCUCCUGGGCUCCUGGCUUCAAGAGACUGAUCAUAAAUCCAUUGAAGACCAGUAUACUAAUGUGAUUUUAUCCCAUUACUAUAGGUUACAAAUGCUGGAUCACUUUGCUGAAUGUGUUAAGCAAGCCAAAGGUGUCCGCCAGCAGGCUGUGCAGCUUAACAUAUUUACUGCUGUUCUUAGUGCACUGAAGGUAACUUGGUCUCUUCAUUCACUUGCCCUGAUAGUGGAUUCUAGCGGCCCAAUGUACCGUGGGUACGUGGAGCCCACGUUGUCCCUGGUACUCACCUUGCUGCUGACAGUUCCACCUUCACACACAGAAGUUCACCAGUGUUUGGGCAGAUGCUUGGGGGCGAUCAUAACUACUGUUGGACCAGAGCUUCAGGGAAAUGCAGCCACCAUAUCCACCAUCCGCUCUUCCUGCUUGGUGGGCUGUGCCAUUACCCAGGACCACUCUGACUCCCUUGUUCAGGCAGCUGCCAUCUCUUGCCUUCAGCAGCUUCACAUGUUUGCCCCACGACACGUCAAUCUGUCCAGCCUUGUUCCUAGCCUCUGUGUUCACCUGUGCAGCUCCCAUCUGUUGCUCCGACGAGCGGCUGUGGCCUGUCUCCGGCAACUCGCACAGAGAGAAGCAGCUGAAGUGUGUGAAUANGCCAUGAGCCUGGCGAAGAAUGCAGGGGACAAAGAGAUCAGCGGUGGUAAUGUCAAUCCUUUCACACCUGGAGUUAGUUCUCGCAGUGACAUCCAUUGCCGGCACCAGGGUGUUAAUAUAACAGACACGGGACUUGAGGGACUUCUCUUUGGAAUGCUAGAUCGAGAGACAGAUCGAAAACUCUGCUCUGAUAUUCACGACACGUUGGGGCACAUGCUUUCUUCACUGGCAGUUGAAAAGCUUUCCCACUGGCUAAUGCUUUGUAAAGAUGUCUUAGCAGCUUCUAGUGAUAUGAGCGCAGCUACCCUCUUAAGCAGUGGGAAAGACGAAGACUCUGAGAAGAAAGAUGAGACGGAUGACGACGCCAUGUUCACUACCCUGGGCGACGAGGACAAAGCAAAGCCUUCNGUGGCUCCUCGCUGGGCCACUCGGGUGUUUGCUGCAGACUGCCUGUGCCGAAUCAUCAACCUGUGCGAGAACUCAGACCAGGCUCACUUCGAUCUUGCCUUGGCACGGUCUGCUAAACUACGAAACCCAAAAAAUGACCUCUUAGUAUUGCAUCUCUCUGACCUGAUUCGAAUGGCAUUCAUGGCUGCAACCGAUCAUAGCAACCAACUUCGAAUGGCUGGGCUCCAGGCACUUGAAGACAUAAUCAAGAAAUUUGCAUCUGUGCCCGAGCCAGAAUUUCCAGGUCAUGUGAUCCUGGAGCAGUAUCAAGCUAAUGUGGGAGCUGCCCUAAGACCAGCCUUUUCACAAGAUACACCAUCAGACAUAAUAGCGAAAGCUUGCCAGGUGUGCAGCACGUGGAUUGGAAGUGGCGUUGUCAGCGACCUCAAUGAUCUCCGUCGGGUGCACAAUCUGCUCGUUUCCUCUCUGGACAAAGUUCAGGCUGGAAAGGGAUCUUCUAGUCAGCUGUACCGAGAGAGUGCCACCACCAUGGAGAAGCUGGCCGUUCUUAAGGCAUGGGCAGAGGUAUAUGUGGUUGCUAUGAAUAUUAAGAAAGAAGCAGAGUCAAAACCAAAGAGAGCAAUGAGCACUCCUGAUGAUGAUGAUGACGACUAUGGCACCAUCGACGAGCUGCCUCCAGACAGCUUAAUAACCCUGGUGCAGCCUGAGCUGCCGACGCUCAGCCGCCUGUGGUUGGCAGCACUGAAAGACUACGCACUUUUGACUUUACCAGCUGAAUUUUCUAGUCAGCUUCCCCCAGAUGGUAAGUACUACGUGUGGUAUGUCCUUUAUACUGAUUUUGUGAAUUCAGGGUAUGACUGUGUGAGUAUACAGUUUCUUUGUUCCCCUCGACCAGAGGAGCCCAUUGAACAUGUUACAGCAUGCCUGCAGGCCUUACACACCUUACUGGGUUCUCCUUAUGCACGAAUCCACAUUGCAGAAGAUCAGCUGAUUGGUGUUGAGUUGCUAAGUGUCCUGCACCGCCUGUUACUGACGUGGAACCCACCGUCUAUCCAGCUGCUGGUCACUGGAGUCGUGCAGCAGAUUGUCAGGGCUGCUCAGGACCAUCUACAGGAAAAGAGAAACGCUCUGAAUGAAGAGGAUAUGGAAAAAGAGUCCUGCCCUNCAUUAGGAGAAGGGGGUGAUACCGGUGGCCUCAUUCCUGGAAAGUCCCUUGUGUUUGCAACCAUGGAGCUGCUGAUGUUCAUUUUAGUACGGCACAUGCCACACCUGAGUACCAAGAUGUCAGACUCUCCUAGUCACACGGCCACGAAAACUCAGCUGUCAGAAGAAAGUGCCCGCUUGGUGGCAGCCACGGUGGCCAUUCUCUCGGAUCUGCCAUCCCUUUGUUCACCGGCUGGAUGUAUGACAAUCCUGCCCACAAUCCUUUUCUUAAUUGCAAGAAUAUUGAAAGACACAGCAAUAAAGUCUGCGGACAACCAGGUACCUCCCCCAGUCAGUGCAGCUCUUCAGGGGAUAAAAAGUAUCGUGACACUUUCCAUGGCCAAAACUGAGGACACACAGAAACAGUGGACCACUCUAAUCCGGAGCACCCUUGCCUGCAUCCUGGAAUAUUCUCAACCAGAUGACUGUAUGCCCGCACCUGAUGAAGUGAGCACACUCACAGCCAUUGCACUCUUCCUGUGGUCUGCCAGCAGUGAAAUAAUAGGAGUGCAGUCCCUACAGAACGGCUGCAUGAACAGAUUUAAGAGUGCCCUGAACUCAUGUGACCCAUGGGUUCAAGCCAAAUGCUACCAGCUUCUCCUCUCCGUCUUCCAGCAUUCCAACCGUGCGCUCUCCACUCCCUACAUCCACUCCUUAGCUCCGCUGGUGGUUGGGAAGCUGAAGGCUGUGGAGAGACACAGACCGGCCAGUAGCACGGAACUUUUGGCUGUCCAAGAAGGAAUUAAAGUUCUUGAAACAUUGGUUGCUCUUGGGGAAGAACAGAACAGAGUCCAGUUACUCGCUCUUCUAGUGCCCACUUUGAUCUCUUACCUGCUGGAUGAAAAUUCUUUUGCCUCAGCAAGUUCGAUCUCCAAAGAUCUUCAUGAGUUUGCACUGCAGAACCUAAUGCAUAUUGGACCUCUGUACCCUCAUGCUUUCAAGACGGUAAUGGGGGCUGCUCCUGAACUGAAAGCACGACUAGAAACUGCUGUCCGAGCAAGCCAGGCAAGCAAAGCUAAAGCCGCCNCCAGGCAGCCCGCCCCCACCACGCAUUCCACACCGACAAUUAAGCUGAAAACAAGCUUUUUUUAGUGUGCUUUUCCACUCAUCUGUAUUUAUUUAUUUUCUCAAACAUUUACCACUUUUUAGAAUAAUACCAACAUUCACAUACUGUAUUACAAUGGUACCAAAAUAUAAAAUAAAAGAUGUAUAAACUGACACAUAGAGCAUUUAUACAGUACAUUCUUUUUUUCAACAUGUAUUUAUUUAAUAUACAUUGUUAAAGGUUCAAGCAGAUUUAAUUUAAAAACAAAACAAAAAUAACAACACAGCUUAGAAAUCAAGGAGAAAGGACAGAUAGCCUCAGAAAAAAGAUGACACAAAAGAGGGGCGGACAGCUUGCAGGAGAGAUCUUGGCUGGAGACCUGCUUUGAAUAGGUUUCCUGCAGGUACUUCUUAAACGCUGUGGGGUUUUUCCAGAGCUCCACAGCGUGUGUGUUCAAAGGGCUNUCGAUGUUGGGAUCUCCUAGCAGGCUCUGGAUAGAGAGCAAGAUGGUCCUGACAUCAUACAGUGCAGACCACUUAUCCUUGAGGAUGUCCAGGCAGAAGUUGCCCUGGGUGUCCACGUUGGGGUGGUAGCAGGGUGUGAGGAACUUCACUGUGGGACUUCCAGGGACCUGAGGCUGCUCCGUGGAUGGUCCCCACCCAUUUGAACAGGCUGUCUGAUUCAGGGAAGGCAGAGAUUCCUUUGUCACCAGACUGCACGAGGGUCAUCAGUUCCUGCUGUAGCUGCUUGCCCACAGGGCCCCAGGCGGCGCCCCCUGCAGGGCUUGCUGGCAACAACUGGGUCCCGGUUUUGUGAGGCCAUCCCAGAGGUGCUGGCCCUGAGAUAGGAGUGUGCAGAAGAAAGGGCAACUGCCAUACAUUACAUUCUUAUUACAGAUUAAGACGUGACACUUUCUAAUCUUGUAAAAAUGUACUCCAGGUCACCAUAACUUGUUAUUUUUAAAAAGUGUGUGGUUUGCAUUACAUGAUAAUUCUUUGGUUUUAUUUAAAAUCAUCGUAGUUAUUAAAUCAAGUAGCUUUUCUGAAAAGCUUGAUUGUUUCAUCCAUGAUUUAAGACAAAACCUCCANUUUAUGAAUAACUAAAUAUUUAUGUACAGUAAACCCAUAGGAUGCAUAAACUCAAACCUCCGUUAAGACUUUAGCUGGAGGACGCAGUGAUGAUAGUGUUAAAAUAAGAGGCCAAGCCCUCAAGACGAAAAUGAAUGGGCACCAAGCA